AUGAAGGAUAAAGUUAUUCAGAAGGACGAUGAUACUACGGUAGACUCUCAUGAUAUGGAGAAAGACGCUAGUAAGCUGAACGUCCAAGAGCCAGAUGCGAGUGAUGUGACGGGGGAUCAAGAUCUGCCCAUCGACAGAGGCUGGGCUUGGGUAGUUCUGGCAGCUUGUACCUUGGAAAUCAUGGUCUAUGGAGGAAUAAAUCGGUCGUUUGGGGUCUUCUUUCUGCAAUUUCAGCUACGGUUUAACUCAAACGCAUCGGAAACGGCCGUGAUGAAUUUGAUUCAGAACUUGACCCUUAGUGUUACAGCUCUUUUCGCGAUGACCAUCGGUUUGCAAAGAUUCAGCACCCGUGUCUCAGUCUGUGUUGGCGGAAUUCUGACAGUGGUCGGCUACGCAAUCACGGCUUUUGCUACUGACAUUCGAUUAUACUACUUUGCUCAGGGCAUCCUAUGCGGUGCUGGUUUGGGGAUGAUACACCCUCAAAUUUUGGCGAUUAUAGGCGCCUACUUCAACAAGCACCGCGGUCUUGCCAACAGCAUCUUUACAUCUGGUGGUUCUGUAGGUGGACUUGCUUUUGCGCCGAUAGUAGUGAAACUUUUCGAUGAAUACGGCUACACGGGCGCAAUGCUUAUUAUCACUGCAUUAUUAAUACAUAUUAUUUUAUCAGGACUUCUUAUGCGACCAAUUGAACAAUACUCAAGACGAAGAAAAAAGGAACGAAGCGAGAACAAACAAGACGCAUCUCUUAUUUUUGAUGACGCCCAUAACCAUGACGACAACGUUAAUUAUACAAGUGGUGUCAUUGCUGACGCAAAUUAUGACCUUGAUGAUGAGUUAGAUAUUGAUGUUGAACGAGCAAACGUAUCGAAAGGCCCAGGGUCAGCAAUUAAUAGACUGAAACAUGUUGAAAUGUUACGAAUGCAAUCGUAUGAUCCAGACAUUGCCAGUCGAAAUCGUCAAGAAUCGCCUUUGAUAAGGCGUGCACGUGCACAUUCCUACAACGAUAAACGUUCAAGAACGCUGUCAGAAUGCACUGACCAGAAAAUCACCGGAGAACAUGCAGGCAUAAAUAGCACGUCCACUCUGACCAAAGUUAUACAAGCUAUUGACAGGUCUGAAGUUGCUCUUUACGCAAGCGGGGAAGGAAUCUUUGGGUCUUUUAUUGAUAUAAAUUCUGUAAAAAUACAUUCAUCGGUUGACAUCAAGGAACCUGAAUUAACGACGGAAAAAUCAACGACAGGAUUUAAGAAAGCAUGCUGCACAACAAUGUUUUCCGGGAUAAAGUACGUGCUGUGUACGGUGUUUGACUUAAGCUUAAUGAAGAACCCAAUAUUUUUACUGUUUUUACUGAUGGCAUUUUGCAUGAUGUCCGGGAUGGGACUUGUGCCCCUGAUACUUCCUCCGCAUGCAAAGGAUGUUAAUUUAAGUAACUCGCAAAUUGCAAUUUGCGUGUCUGUACAAGCUGGAUUAGACUUAUUUUCAAAAAUAACGCUGGGAUACAUUGCGGACCGCAAAUGGCUGACCAAGCCAACAAUUUUGGCAAGUGUUGCAUUCAUGGUAGGAACUGCGUGUCAUCUUGUGAGAUUUGCCAACAGUUUUGAGUUUGUUAUGGUUCUCAAUGUAUUUUCAGGAAUUUGUGUCGGCCAGUAUGUCUCCAUGUACGCAGUAUUAAUGAUAGAAGUUAUAGGUGUCGAGAAAUUCAAGAAGUCUCUAGGUUUCGGCGCACUCGUUCACGGGACCGCCAUUGCCAUCAUCUUCCCUGUCACCGGUUUACUGAGAGACAAUUCUGGAUCGUACGUGGCAUCAUUUCACUUGCUCGGAGCACUUGCAUAUGUUGGCGCCGCCCUUGUUAUCGUCAUCUCGAGAUUGACACAAUUACAGCAGGCCGAGAAACAGGCACGAGAGAAAGACACGGUUGAACUAGCAAUCACGUCUUCAAAUGGAAAAUAAUUUGGCGACACAUUGUGUUUUUACUUCUAAAAGUUAAAUGUCACAGCAGCUUAACACAUUUGAACAUCGGAUCAAAACUGUCCAAGUAAAACAACGAGACAUAAAUGAAAAAGAAAACACUCCUCACAUAUAGACCUUUAAUAUAAAGUAAAAUUGUCAUUACAAGCAAAAAGUCGAACUUUGCUUCGACGACAUUGAAAUGGUUUCAAUAGCAAUGAAGGCGACCGGAGACAUCAGCCUUUGUCCACGAGCAUUCCGAAUACAAACAUAAACCAUGCCCGAACAGAAGAUGUUUUUAUUCGUUUUUCGGUCGAUUAAAGGACAAUAUUAGUUAUGUAAAAACUUAUAUUUAUCUAUUUCGAACAGUAAAAAAAGAGUGAACACUACGUCACUGAUUAAUUGCAACGCAAAGGCAUGAUUUUAUUACUUGUAUUGCUGCGCAAUUACAGCGUUUUACACGUUUGAAACAUACAUUUGCGAUGGAAAAUCAUCUUCAAAAAUGUUUGUUUCGGUAGAUUAUCGAUGUUUUUAUUCACUCAUGCUAUACAUGGCUGUGCUUCUCAUGAAAAUAAUAAUUUUUCACUGCAUUGACAUUUAUAAUUGUUUUUUUCCCCCUUACUUGCAGCUGGUCACUUCUUUGAGCUUAUUGUCGUUCAUGGUGAUGUCUUCACUAGUGUAGUUUGUGCUGUUCACAUCGAUCUUUGACUUCUCUUUCUUGACCUCAAUGCGGUAUGCUCCAGCUCUUUCAUAUAGUCAUAACACUUACUUAACACACCCCAAUAUUUAAGUAAACCAAUCUUGUUGAAAUGAAUAAAACUAAAGAAACAA